AUGAAUAUGGGAACAAGUUUGAAAGUCUCUACCUCUCCAGAGGAAAUCAUGCUCGAGAAUAUCGAUAAGAACACAACUCUGAUCUUGAAGAGACAAAAGAUGGACUCGGGAAAGUCUGUUUAUCACUCAUACGGAGUUUAUGGAAUAGUUACGAUUUCCAAGUCCUCUUAUCUCAUUCUGGUUGUAGAUGCUGUUUUAAGAGGAAUGAUGUAUGAACAUGCUGUCUACGAGAUCCAAGAUGUAGAAAUCAUUCGGCUAAAGAGGUCGAAGACAGAGAACUUCUCAAGUGAGAUGAAAGAGGUAAGAAAGUUUCUCCGAAAUACAGGGAUUUAUUUCAGCACAUAUCCCCUUCACAAGUCGAUAAGUAUAAAGAAGGACGACGACUUGGAUUUCCUCUUCAACUCCCUGCCACUUGAGAGGUUCCUAAAACAUGUUGGAGAUCAAGGAUCUCUGUUUUCUCUGAGCUGCAUACAGGGGUUUUUUGGGUCCAUAGAUGUUGGAGCAGUAUGUUUGAGACUGAUUUCAAGAAGGUCUUGGAGAAGAGCAGGAGCAAGAUACUUUUCCAGAGGAUCGGAUUCAUCGGGAUAUGUCUCGAACUAUGUUGAGACGGAGCAGAUUGUUUAUGAGGGGGAGAAGACCACAUCGCACCUACAGGUUCGAGGGUCGAUUCCUUUGAUGUGGAAGCAUGUUCUUGGGAGAGAAUACAAUCCAAAGAUAGUUAUCAGCAAUAGGAAAAUACUUCACCUAGCCGACGACAUAAUGAGGAGCAAGUAUGGCGAUGUUUUAUAUCUGAACCUCAUAAGAAGCUCUGGAUACGAAGGAGAAUUACACGAUGCAUAUGAAAGUGAAUUGCUUGGAAACAACAAGAAGGGAGUACACUUCAAUUUCUUUGAGGAAGGAGGGAUUUUCGAAGGUGAUACUCAGGAGAGAUUUCUGGGUCUAGUAGACGAAACUCUUUCCCUAUUUGGAUACAAAGGGCCAGAAAGUUCUCAAAAUGGUGUUAUUCGUACAAAUUGUAUUGAUUGCUUGGACAGAACAAACAUAUCUCAGUUCAUCAUUGGAGAGCAUGUUCUUUCCAAACAACUUUCCCACUUCGACAUUGGAAAUAAGGAGAAUAUCUACGACCAGAUGAAGUACCUGUGGUACAAAAAUGGGAACUCUCUCUCGAUGCAAUACUCAGGAUCGUUUGCCCUGAAGAGCCAUUUCCUUUCCAGAAGAAAGCAAAGGCCCAUUGACACAUUAAGAGAUUCAGCAAUAGGUUUACAGAGAUACUUCAUAAACAGACUUUGCCAUGGGAGCUUACAAGUUACAUAUGAAAUCCUUACCACAGAUCUUGAAGGAAAGAAAGUCAAUCUCCAUAGAGACCGAAUGGGAGCCAUUAAGACAAUCUUCUUAUUCCUCCUUCUAACCACUUGCACAGCCUCAUGGGCAGUGACAGGGAUUUUUGUUCUGUCGCUUCUCUUUAGUACAUUGGUCACCUCCAUUGUAACAGUGGUAACCAUGAUUGUAUUCUUAGACUUCCUUAUCCAGAAGCCCAAGGGAGCAACCCAAUAA